AAUAGUACUCCGCAAUAGACGAAAACAAAUCAAACUGUGAGAAAACAGAUAAAGAACAAACGAAACAUUUCAAUUUUAAGAUUUCCGGCCCCUUCUAUGUAUAUAAACAUGUAUAUCUUCAAACACUGCAGACCUCAAGUUUCAUUCACAUAAAACGCUUCAACUGUUGAACCCCAGCAUUCUUUUGUCAACUGACUUGGUUAUUUUGGAUGUGGGUUUUUGAGUAAUACUGAUUUCAAUUUCCGCUUCCUAAGUUCUUCAGCUAGUUCUCUGCUCUGAUUUUUCCUGUUUUUUAUUCAUACGUAUGAGGGGGAACAACUGUAAGUUGGGUUGUGGAGGUUCUAGUGCUGUGUCUGAUUCUAUCUGUAAGUUGGACAAGAAGUUUUCAUGGAUAAAGAAAGAUUACAAAACCUUGGAUGAGGUUUCUGAAGCUUUGAGAGCCAAGGGUCUCAAGUCUGGUAAUCCUAUUCUUGGAUUUUGUUUCACUCAAAGCAAGUGGACAACCGAAAAGAGCUUGCAUUACAUAGGAAACGACCCAAACGAUUAUGAAAAAGUGGUAUCUAUAAUAGGAAAGACCCUUGCUGCUAUUUGUGGGGAUAACUAUAUUCACUGCUUUGGAUUUGGAGAUGCAAACACACUUGAUACGCACGUCUUUAGCUUCUACGAAGAUAAGAAACCCUGUCAUGGGUUUGAGGAAGUCGUAGAACGAUACAGACAGAUAGCAUGUCAAAUGCGACUGGCAGAUUUUAAAUCAUUUGUACGAAUUGUUGAAAUGGCUACUAGUAUUGCAAGUAAAAAAUGUGACCAGCAUCAUAUUUUGGUCAUGAUUGCUGAUGGACCGGUAACAAGAAGUUCUGAUACGGAGCACCGCAAGCUAAGUGAUGAGGAGCAAGAAACUGUAACUGCAAUUUCAAAUGCAAGCAAGUACCCCUUGUCAAUAAUUUUAGUCAGAGUCGGGGAAAAGAAUGCAAACAUGAUGAAAGGAUUAGAAUCAAAGAUCCCUCACUGUACUACCUUUGACAACUUUCAGUAUGUGAACUACACAGAUAUAAUGUCUCCUGUGCCAGAGUGUAGAAGGGAAAUCGAGUUUACUCUUGAGGCUACAAAAAAACUCCCUAACCAGGUUAUAGCGAUCGAGAAACUAAUUGCUUCAACGAGCUUUACAAACAAUAAAGAAAUAGAAAUGGAUUGGGAUUCUACUGCUCCGCCUAUACCAGUUAGCGGGACACCUAACCAGUCUUUGUGAACCAUCUCCAAAAAAGCAGUGACUGCCGCCAAGACCCUGAGUUGUGCACACCAGAAAGACUCAACUAGGCC